CCCCUGCGAGCAGAACUUGAGCUUGAGACCUUUGGACGUGGCUACUUUGUCUGGCUAUCCCGCCAGCCACGAGUUAUGUCACUACCCUUCCUCCUUUUUAUUGAUGAUUUCGGAGCCCACCGCAACAUGUUCAGGGCAUUGAAGGGGAUCUAUCUCACACCUGCCGGCUUGUCCUAUGCCGGGCGAAGACGUCUGGCAAACUCGUUUACCGUAACGCUGGGUCCUCAUGGGGCCUCCUUUCAGGAUGUUCUUGCCAAUAUCCAUACUGACCUUGAGACCGUGGCAAAAGGCUUUUACAGCACAAUCCAUGGGAAACAAGUGCUUGUUACUGCGUCCGUCAUGGCUCUUACUGGAGAUAUGCCACAGCAAGCUAAAAAUAGUGGUAUGCUCAGCUAUAGUGCUGAUAUCGGAUGUCGGACAUGCUACUGUCCACGCAGCAAACAGUAUCAGUGGUCAUAUGAUACUGUUUCCCAUGGCCGAUAUCAUUUCCAGCAUCAGUAUUACCGAACUGAGGGUGAUCACAAGGCCACUGUUCCAGAACAGCAAAGAUAUUUUAAUGCUGUAGGGAUACAGUCCGUGCUUCGCCAAUCGAACGGAUCAUGCCAACUCUUGACAUUGUUUUAGGCCGUCCGUAUGAUGUACCGCACUCUGAUUGGAAGGGGAUCGGCUAUCGUCUGCUGGAGUAUAUCCAGAAAAUUCUUGUGC